AUGGCCGCAGUACAAACAAACGGCAACGGCAACGGCCAUGGCGCAGCUGUGAGGUCCAAGCCUGUACGCGUUGCAGAAGAAGAAGAAGAGGAAAAAGAAGAGAACAUCUUUCUUUUCAUACCCAACUUGAUUGGCUACUCUCGCAUCAUCCUCGCCAUCACAUCGCUUUACUACAUGCCCCUCCACCCACGCACAUGCACGCUCCUCUACAGCGUAUCCUGCCUCCUCGAUGCCCUCGAUGGCUACGCGGCUCGAUCCUUCUCGCAAAGCACAAAGUUUGGCGCAGUCUUGGACAUGGUAACCGACAGAUGCACAACAACGUGCUUGUUGGUCUUUCUUGCCCAAGCCUUCCCCCGCUGGAGUAUCGUCUUCCAAGGUCUCAUCUCGUUGGAUUUAGCCAGCCACUACAUGCACAUGUACGCCACCUUGAGCAUGGGAGGCAGUGGACAGUCACACAAGAAUGUGGAUGAGAGCCGCAGUUGGCUGCUGAAGCAGUACUACUCCAACAAUAAAGUCCUGUUCACCUUUUGUGCCAUGAAUGAAAUCUUCUUCAUCGCCCUCUACCUCCUCUCCUUCAGCUCGCCCCUCCUUUCGCCUACCCUCUUCUCAGAUAUCAACACCCCUUCCUCAAUUCAGCCCGGCUCCCCGGCUGCUCCUAAGCCCUCAGCCUUUUUCGCAAGCCCCUUUUCUGCUGCAGCCAUGGAGAUGGCUCGUGCCAACAAGAUGGACUCGACUGUUCCUUGGAUCCUGAUGAUCGCUUCUGCUCCCAUCAUGGCAAUCAAGCAAUGGAUUAACGUGGUACAGAUGGUCAAGGCUAGCCAAUGGUUGGCCGAGGGUGAUCGUGAGAUGAGGAAGAAACAAGGUCUGCCCAACAAGGAGAAGAAGAGUCAGUAG